AUGUUGACUAUUACACUUUUUCUGUUAUUUUCUAUACUAUUGAAUACAAAUUCACAAUUCAUUCCACUACGAUUUGAUUUAGCAAUUGAUCAUUUACGUCAAUAUCAAUAUUUUUCAUCGAGUAAUCUAAUUAAAGAUGUAGAAUACAAUCUUACACCUGAACAAAUGUUAGAAUAUAUGUCUCUGUUAUUAUUAAAUAACAAGACUAGUCGAUGUGAACAAGAUUUUGAAUUAAUUCUUCGAGCAGCAAUAGAAAAAGAUACAUGGGCAAUCAAAGUACUCGAUGCUUGGGGAAAACCAUUACCUUCUGGUAUACUCAAAGGUAACGUUUAUUGGGUGGGCAAUUAUGAUGAAUGUAUACAACCUAUGUAUAAUCCAGCAAAUAAAUCUUUUAUAUCCCAACCAUUCAAUACACAACAUUGUACUUUUAAACCAACAGCAUCUCGAUCCAAUUCAAAUUCAAUGCGUUCGCUUGUUUUUGGUCUUUGUGUUCCAUCAUCAUGUGAUCGACAAUCACUUAUCUCUUUAAUUCAUAUACUUUUCAAAAAAAUUAAUAUUACUCAAGAUAAUCUUGUUUAUUCUAAGGAUCCACCGAAUGGACAAAAAGGUCUUACCAAUGGAGCAAUAACAACUAUUGUUAUUCUCUCACUUUUAGGUUUACUUGUUCUUAUUGGAACAAUCAUUGAUCUUUUCCUUAUGUCUAAACUUGAUUCAAUUGAUAAUCUAACAAUAUAUAAUGCUGCAUAUAAUUAUUUAGUUAAUGAUGGUGAAAUGACUAGUCAACCUGAAUCACGUCGAACAUCAAGAUAUUUUUCUCUUAAUCGAACGUCACGAAUAGUAUUUCUAGCAGAAUUUUCUGCAUUAAAAUCACUUCGUCGAAUAUUUACACUGGAAGAAAAAACUAGUGGUGAUAAGAAUGAAUCAUUUUUAUUUAUUAAUGGUAUUCGAGUAUUAUCUUUAUUUUGGAUAAUUAUUGCUCAUUCAGUACUUUUUGGUUUAUCUUAUACAAGUAAUGUAACAGAUAUUCUUGUUUCGACACGUAAUAUAGCAUUUCAAUUAAUAUCAAGUGCUCAAUUUAGUGUUGAUACAUUUUUUGUGCUAAGUGGUUUUUUAACUGCAAUUUUAUUUGUUCGUCAAAUGAAAAAAGAAAAAAAUCUAUCAUUUCGUUUAAUGUUUCUUUAUUAUAUUCAUCGAUAUAUUCGAUUAACACCUGCAUUUCUCCUAAUGAUUCUUGUUAGUAUAAAUUUAACACCAUAUUUUGGACGAGGACCAGUUUAUCCAAUUGAACAAGGAUUUGAAUCGAAAGUAAGACCAGAUGAUAUGUGUUUAAAUAUUGCAUGGUAUCUACAUAAUGAUAUGCAAUUUCAUUGGAUUGCUCGAUUAACUUUAAUUCCAUUUGCUCUUGAACGAAAGACUUUAUCAUUUCUAAUUGUUACGCUUUUUGUUUUCGUUGGAAUUGGAUCGACUUUAGGUAUUAUUCUUUAUUAUCCGAAUAUGUCACUCAAUGAUCCGACUGCUUUAACUGAUAAUGGUGGUCCUAGUUUCUACAAAAUGGUUUAUAUUAAACCAUGA